AUGUGGGAGGUGUCCUUGGUUUUUGGGUGGGCAGUUCUUCGUAUAGUCCUCCUCAUUCCUCGAACCCCCCUCCUUUCUCCACCCUCUCCUCCUUUAUCCUCGUCUUCUCCCCUCUUUUAUCCAAGUGUUUGUGGUCCCCACAUUCCCACAGCGACUCUGAGCCGUGGAGCUUCACAUGCCACCAUGAGUGUCCUGCCAUGCAGUUUCCUCCUUCUCUUCUUCCUCUGCCUCUCGGUCGUCAUUGAAGCCAAGAAGCAGCCUGGUGAGGCAAAACCGGACAAACCCCGCCAGCCUCCAACGUCCCCCCAACCAGCCAAGAGAGCUAGAAAUCGCUCAGUGCCUGGCUCUGGAGAGCUGACCACCAAGGAGGGCCAUAGCUGCACUUGGCAGACGUCUGGUGAAGACCUGGUCAGCCUGCUGGUGAACUGCAGCACUGAAACACUGGGAGUCCAGCAGAGGUAUUGGUGUCGUUACGCCGGUAAACCAGACCUUUGCCAGGCCUAUGGAGUGAAGUCCAGCCAGUACUGGAAGCAGCUGGUGGGGAAGCUGAAGAAGAGGACGAACGCCUGCGAAGGAGAGAAAGUCCUGAAGGCCAAAACCUGCAAGAAGGCCACCGCCGAGGCCCACAUGAAGCUCGCCCAACGCAGCGGAGAGGAGGAGAGGAAGGGAGGGAAGAAGAGAGUACCGCCGGCCAGUAAGAGCUCAGACGGAACAAAGGAAGAGAGGAGGAAGAAGAAAGAGGAGGAAGAAGAGGAGAACAAGAAGGACGAUUGGGCUGGCUUUGACGACGAAGGAUUGGUGAACGACAUGGAGCCAAUGCAGAGUUACUGCAACGAGGGAUGGCACUCCGUCUGCUCGUUCUUUGUCAAGUUUUUUGAGGGUUGAUGGGAAAUUAUGAUGGAAAUGCGAAGCUCAUUUUUGCAAAGCUCAUGAGGGUGCGAGUUCACAAUCUGAAAACAACCCAUAGAAAGAUGUUUUUUUUUUUUAUUAUACAGGAAACAACAGGCAGCUUAUUUGUAAAAAUAAUUUUUAAUUUUAUCUUACACUUUAAGUAUAAAGUAAAAGAGUUGAUUUCAGCCACUUUUAAUUUAGUUUUACGGUCAAUUCACACACUUUGUUAAUAUGAGCGUCUUAUAAAUGAUGGACGUUUGACAAAUGGGGCCACCUGGCAUUUAAUUUGCAAUUUAAAGUGGAUGGUCAUUAAGACCUGGCAAUCUGAAUUAUACAAAACCUAUCUAUACUAAAUACAAGCCACAAUUCACUUAAUGUCCCUCCUAGUUGUCGCACAGACAUCUGCUGAUAUUAAUCCAUAGGUCAGGGAACAGAUGAACAAUAUUUGAAUGGAGGAAAAUGAACCAUUCUGAUUAAAUUUGACUUCAGUUUUGUGUUAAUUUAGCUUUGGGAUGUGUUAUGUCGUUUAAACUUGCUUGUAGUGGAGCUGUAUGUACUGUGUUAUUGUGGAACUUUCUGAAUAACAAAUAAAAAUAGUGUUUUGGUAAACGAUCAAUCAAUUAUCAUCACUGAUGAUGAUAACAGUAGUGAUUAGUGUUUAUUUUUGUGAUGUGUAACUAAUAUUUUCUACAAAUUUUGUGUAACUGUUCUGUACAAACAAUCUGCUUACUAUUCAAUGUGAUUUGUGGCAGUUAAACCCCAACAGCAUUUUUUUUUUACAUUUUUUAAAAAUAAAU